UUAGUCUGGCAACACUGGUCACAACUGUCAUCUGUCAUUUUUCAUACAAGAGUGAUCGUGAUUUCAACAAGAUGGUUUUUUGUGCAUUCAUUUCCACUUGAUUUGUAUUCAAAACUAGGUGUAGAAUAUUUGUACUUUUCCCAUAAUUUAUUUACAGAUUAAUUUCCCUUCAAAGAAAGGCUCCGCCAGGUCCCCUUUAAUUUAUUGAUUUCAGGAUGGAGGAGAAACCUGCCGUGUCGUCUGCUCCUGCGGGAGCAGCGCCCCCUGACGCAGCUCAAACCGCCCCCCAAGUCCAAUGGGCUUACCCCAUGUACAAUUACGACAUGAGCAAUUACUACCAUCAGUUUUACCUAAUGAACAGUUACCCCGCCUACCAAUCGGCAAUUUACCACCAAGUGCAACAACAAAUGCUCGAAAAUAAACCAACAACGGACACGAAAUUCGUGCCUCCUCUCCCUCCAGGCACUCCAACAACAUCACUCCCAACCCCACACAUCUCAAAACCACCCCUAUUGAAUACCCCCAAACAGUUCACCACCACCGCCCCCAUUAGGUUCAAUCUGAGCGGGACUAAACGCCAAAACGGCAACCUCCAACAGAACAAUUCCCUAACGAGUGGCGCAGCGAAAAAGAAACGCAAACGUAACCGCAACAACCAAAUGAACAAUUUACAGAACCAAUUUUUGCUCCCCCCACUUCCUCCACCCGAACCCAAGCCGGCGCCGCCCCCGGAAACGGUACCACCGGAACAGCCGCCUCUGCCGCCGCUCCCGGAUACGAGCAAACCGCCGCCGCCGCCCCCAGCGGAAAAGGCCCCCGUUUCGAAUAAUCCCACGGAUGAGUGGCCCCCAAGUCUCAAGGAUUACGUGAAUCGGUGCUAUGCCAAGUGUAAGACGAACAUUGAUAAGAACCAAGUCGAGAUUAUACUCAAGGGGAAGAUCACGCAUGCUUAUCAAAUGGGGCAAUUACAUACGAAAGAUUGGAGUAAUGAACCAUUACCCAACAUACACAGCGAAAGACCCACUUUGGUACCUAAAACGGUACCAGGACAAUUAGCACAGUUCCAGAAUAACACCAAAAAGGGGUUAUCACCGGCGAUGGGGGCGCGCUUGGGGGCCAGAGCGUCCACGCUACGAGGCACCAGCAGGUCGUCUUCUAGGUCUAGGUCCAGGUCACCGGCGAGGAAGAAGUCCAGGUCGAGGUCCAGGAGUCCACGCAGGCAUCGGUCUUCAAGCAGCAGUUCGAGCGUGAGUAGCGAGGAGAACUUCAAACCAUUGGUGAAGCCCACCAACAAGAACAAGAUAAAGAGUAAACUGGCAAAUAGAUUGGGCCCAACAAAGAACAACAAAUUCACAAAUAAGCAACUAAAAAAACAGAAAAUGAAAGAGAAAAAAGCACAUUUGCUAUCAUCAUUCGGUUCAGAAGUUGAAGAGAAUUCCGAAUUGUUACAACAAAGAGCAGCACGUUUCAAUAAUAUGAAACAGAAAGAAACAAAUGGAUUAAUAAAUAAUAAAAAUAUUUACCUGAAUGAUAAGUAUGAGGACAAUAUCGCAGACUUUGACUGGACAGGAUUUCACAUAGUGGGCACUUGUCAGGACUUGGAAAAGUCCUUCCUUCGACUGACUAAAGCCCCCGAAGCAUGUGAAGUACGUCCAGUUGAAGUACUCAAAUUGUCAUUGCAGAAUGUCAAGACGAGAUGGAAACAAAAACCGGAUUAUUAUUACACUUGUGAUCAACUUAAAUCAAUCAGACAAGAUUUAACAGUACAAGGAGUACGAAACGAAUUCACAGUUGAAGUUUACGAAACUCACGCACGGAUCGCUUUAGAAAAAGGCGAUCACGAAGAGUUUAAUCAAUGUCAAACACAAUUAAAAAUGUUAUAUUCGGAAGUUGGUGGUGGAAAUAAAAACGAAUUCACAGCCUAUAGGAUACUGUAUUAUAUUUUUACAAAGAAUACUUUGGAUAUUAUGACGAUUAUGAAGAGUCUUUCCAAGAAAGAAAAAAGUGAUGAUUGCAUCGAUUUUGCAUUAAAAAUACGUUCAGCUUGGUCUUUAGGAAACUUUCACAGGUUCUUUCAGCUGUAUCAUCGGGCGCCUUUAAUGGCGGGGUUCUUGGUCGAUUGGUUUAUUGAACGCGAGCGCAAACUAUAUUUAAAGUGUAUUAUAAAAAGCUAUCGUCAAAACAUAUCAGUGAACUUUAUCCAGCAAGAAUUGGCAUUCCCAGCGCUGGAGGAAACUUUAAAAUUUCUUGAACCGUUCAAUUUGACGUUCACGGAUCUUAGCAAGAGUCAAAUCGAUUGUAAAACUAGUAUGGCGUCUCUUCAAAAUAUAUGAAUUUGUUGUUUCGGUGGUUAAAAGGGUGAUUGAUCUUCAAUUUAGCAACCACAGAAUUUGUGCCACUAAUGUCUUUAUGUUUUCCAAUUCAUACACAACAAGGUGGUCCAAAAAGUCUUCUAAAGUUUCUUGUCUGUGGUUGAUUUUCUGAAAGAGGUGAUUAAGUUGUAUUUCUCCUUCUUUGGUGGUGUUUCUGUGAUAUGAGGAGCCACAAGUAUUUAAGAAAAGUGUCAUGUAUAUAAUGUAUAUAAUUUUUAGAGAAUAAAGUGAUCAUUUUUCA